GUAGUGUGCGACUGCAUCAGUAGUAGUACUACAGUAGUUAAAGAAAGAACCAACAAAAAUGUGUCAAGUCUGUUUUCUGCUUUUCUUCUGACUUAUCUGACGUCCCACCACCUUCUCUCUCCUUCUUUCUCUCUCUCAUUCAUGAUCUUAUCUCCAUCUACUGCCGUGUUUGUUAUCUUUUCUUCUUCUUCUGCUCUUGUUCUCACCGUAUUUGGUAAAAACUACAGAACUUGAAAGCUUUCUGCCUGUCUUGUCAUCAGAGUAGCUGAAGCCUGCUGCUUUUGGCAAACUCGUGAGGCACACAGGUGCUAGAGAAGACAGGGUCCUACAUAUGCUGGCUUACUAUUUGGCUUUGACGUGGUCAUUCAGGCAUAAGCUUCAUUUUGAAAUCCACGGUAUAUGGAAGUCGGUUCAUAAACAAGAAGCAUUAGUUGUGAGUGGUAACAAGAUCUAUUACUAGUCAAGGGACUCCUUUGUACUUCAGUGCUCUACCCCAAAAUGAAGGCGCCAACUAUUAACCUUGAAUCUGAAGAGGAUUCUGAGGUGAGCAGUCAAGUUGCCUCCAACAUAUCCACCCAAGAAGUCUCUCCUGGUCCUUCGAAGGAGAGCAUUACUUCUUCACCGUCUCUCACACACUCACUUGAUCUAGAAAGGGAUCCAAGGCCAGUUACUCUUGACUUGACUCUUGGCUUCAACAGCAGUGAUACUGAUUCGAAGGGUGUUGGUGAGAAUAAUGGUGAAGUAUUUCCCCAUCCUCCAACUCCAGGAGUGUCCAGGGUAUUCUCCUGUAACUAUUGUAGGCGCAAGUUCUAUAGCUCACAGGCAUUAGGCGGUCAUCAAAAUGCACACAAGAGGGAGAGGACACUUGCAAAGAGGGCCAUGCGGAUGAAUAUGAUAUCAGAUCGCUAUGCCAGCUUGGCAUCUCUUCCCCUUCAUGGAUCUGCAUUUCGGUCUUUGGGCAUUGAAGCUCAUGCUUCGGUGCACCAACCAAUUAUGUCAUCAGAUAGGCCUCUCCAUGCAAUAAGAGGCGGAGCAAAGUUUGAACAAGGUUAUUUUGGUAUGCCAGUGUAUAUGGAAGAUGAUGAAGUAGAAAUGUACUGGCCUGGCAGUUUCCGACAAGUUGAAGGAGUUGCCAGCAAUCUGGCUUUGAAUUCUGGGCAAAGUUCCAGCAUCAAUUUUGUAGCAGUGGCACCACCGCCUAGAGCAGACUCAUCAACACCUGAUCUAAAUUUGAAACUUUGACGAGUCAUCUUCUCUUUUGUAAUACGAAGUCAUAAUUAUUUCUUCUGAAUUCAUAAUUUUGUGACAAUUUGCUAAUGUACAGGGAUUAAGUGUUAAGGGUUGAAUAUGAGCUUUUUAAUCCUAAUUCCUCCUCAACUUAAUUAUGCUGUCUCUAACAGA